AUGGCGGACGCGGAGGCGCUGACGGGCGCGUCGCGCGAGCUGAAGCGCGACGAGGGCGACGACGAGGACGAGGUGCGGAGCGCCGACAAGCCCCGCGCCGUGCGGAACUCGCUCAAGGAGCAGGCGGGCAGCCUGCGCGUGAGCAAGGCCGGCAAGGGCGGGGGCACGAAGAAGACGGUGAACGGCGGCGGGGGCAAGAAGAAGUCGCUGAACAAGGGCGCCAAGGGCAAGAACGGCGCCCGGGUCGAGCCCGCGGCCGGCGCCGGUGACGACGACGGCGACGCCGAGGACCUGACGACCGGCGGCAUCAUGGACCUGCUCAACGCGGGCCUCGACGAGGACCUCACCAAGGCCGCGCCGAAGAAGGCGAAGCCGAAGAAGGCGGCGGGCCCGGCGAGCGCGCGGAGCGUCCUCGGCGACCUGAGCCCCGACGGCGCGUCCAAGGGCGAGGCCGCCGCGGCCAGGGAGGCGAAGCGCGAGGCCAAGCGCAAGGCCAAGGCCGAGGAGAAGGCCGCCGCCGAGGCGGCGGCGGCAAAGGAGGCCGCGGGCGCGGACCGCAAGCGCACGGGGUCCAUCAUCGCGGGCCCCGACUACCGCGGCCGGUCGGGCAGCGUCGUCGCGGCGCCGGGCGGCCGCCGCGCGUCGGCCGCGGGCCGCCGCGGGAGCGCGGCGCGGCGCAUGAGCGCCGCGCGCUACGGCGACCGCUGGUUCGAGGGCGCCAUGCCCGACGCGAGCCUCGGCCUCUCCAACGAGAUCAUGCUCGAGAUGGGCCACUACGAGACGUUCGUGCUCAACGACGCGCGGCCUCCCGCGACGUACCGGCCCGACGCGCGCGACGAGCGCCGCCGGAAGAAGCACUGGCAGCGGACGCGCAUCCGCGCCUUCGAGAGCGCCGGCGAGGCCAUGAUCCAGUUCCUCCGGACCAUGAAGGACUACCCGGCGGAGGACGGCGGCGGCGACGGCGCGGGCGGCGUCCUCACGACGGGCAAGCUCCUGGGCCGCCUGCUCCAGGUGGCCAUGCGGUCCGCGCCGGAGAACGGCGGCAUCUUCGGCAACUUCGGGGGCGUCGCGCCCAGCGACAUCGUCACGGUCUGGCUCCACGAGCCCAAGGACGGCGUGCUCUACACGCGGUGGGCGUCGAAGCUGCCGGCGAACAUCAAGAAGAACGCGCGCGACUACAUCAAGAUCAAGGACGGCGACGGCAUGGCCGGCGCGGCCUUCGCCGCCGCGGCGCCGUCGAACACGCCCGACGCGCGCAUGGACCCGAACUACAGCGACCGCGUCGACCGGACGACGGGCUACGUGACGCGGAGCGUGCUCACGCUGCCCUUCGGCGCGCCGGGCACGGCGCCCAUCGGCGUCGCCCAGUUCAUCAACCGCGUCUGGUCGCCCGACGCCGACGAGGACAGCGACGCGGACAGCGAGGACGACGAGGGCCACGCGACGAGUAGUGUGCUGCCCUUCGCGGACCCCGAGGCGGACGCGCGCGUCCGCGUCGACGAGACGGCCUUCAAGAUCGACGACCUCGCCAUGCCCGAGCACGUCGAGACCCUCGCCGUGCGCGACGGCGACGCGACGCGCGCGAUCCACGUGAUCCCCUACUCCGCGCGCGACGAGGCCGCGAUGACGGGCCUCGUGGACCUGUUCGCGUGCGUGCUGACCUACGCCAUCGAGUACCACGAGGCGCGGCGCGGCGUCGCGCCCGGCGGCGACUUCACGUGCCUCAACGACCUCGUCGAGUCCAAGGAGACGUCGCGCAUCGGCAUCUGGACGAAGCGCGCGCGCGAGAUCCUAUUCAACCGCAAGUCCGACGAGGACGAGGCGGCCAAGGUCGACGACUCCGACGACGAGGACGAGGCCGACUCCGUGGGCCGCGCGGCCGCGAGCCGCCGCGCGACGAACCGCGGCACGAUCUCCGAGUUCCUCACGCGGUCGACGUCGACGUUCGGCCGCCGCGAGUCGCAGCGCGCGCUCCUCGACCGGGCGCCCGACGAACCGGCGCCGCAAAAGCCCGCGCACCUCCAGCGCCAGGGCGGCGCGAACCGCGAGGGCGCGCGGCGGUCGUCCAUCUCGAAGUUCUUCGCGAAGAAGGCCGCGGACAAGGCCGACGCGCCGGCGGGGCCGCCCCGGGGCAGCCAGCGGCGCACGUCCCUGUCCAAGUUCUUCGCCAAGAACGACGGCGGCGCCGCGCCCGCCGCCGCGCCGACGGCGUCGAGCCGCCGCCGGUCGUCGCUCUCCAAGUUCUUCGGCAAGGGCGACGACGGCGCCGCCGCGCCCGCGGCCGCGCCCGCGGCCGGCGCGAAGCGCCGCGGCUCCCUGUCCAAGCUCCUCCGCCGCGCGUCCCAGACGCUGUCGACGCCCGGCGCCGCGGCCGAGGGCGCGCCGCCGCCGCGGCGCAAGAACAGCAUCUUCAACAUGCUCGCCGGCGGCGCCGCGCCCGCGUCGCCCGUCGCGCCGGACCCCUUCAGGGACUCGCCGCCCGCGCCGCUCCGCCGCCGGGGGUCCCUCUUCGCCAAGGAGGACGUGAACCCGAACAAGACGACGGUCGAGAACGGCAAGAUCCGCCACACGUUCUCGAACCAGGCCACGCUCGAGGUCGCCGACGUCGCCAACACGCCCCAGAGCCCGCCGCGGAGGCUCUAG